CAGCCUGGGAUAUCGCAAUUCUGCCACCCGCAACACCACGUCCAAACUGCCCCAACAUCGACAGCAGAGCUCCGACAGCUCGGGCGUCCAGCCCAAAAUGUCACUAUCAUCAGACGAGGAAGACCUAGUUCUCUCCGACGACGAAUCCAUUGCGUCUGGGUCUGGUAGCGACGGCGAGGAGCUGCCCCCGCGACCCUUGCAUCAUAACUACUUCGCACCCCCCUUCUAUGGCCGCCCGCCAACCCCUCUACCGCCGUCGCCGUCACUGACGUCGCUCCUCCGACCUUCGCGACCUACGACCCCUGAUGCCUCAGAUGACGACUUCGAGCCCCUCCCCCGCGCAUCGCCGCAGGUACCAACCUACGAAUACUAUGGCUUCGUGCUGUACCUUUUCUCGACCUUGACCUUCCUCGUCUACUUGCUGUGGUCAUACCUCCCUUCUCCCUUCCUGCACGCAUUGGGCAUCGAAUACUACCCGAACCGGUGGUGGUCGCUCGCGAUCCCAGCCUUCCUGACGAUGCUAGGCGUGUACAUCUAUAUCGCGCUCGCGGCGUACAAUACAGAGAUCUUGACGCUGCCACUGAGCUCCAUCGAGACAGUCGUCGAUGACGCUUCUAAAGUGGGGGUGAUUGAUAGCAAAGGGCGGCUCAGGGACGGACCAAAGAGGAGGUCGAGGGACAAGAGGGAUAACCGGCUUCCCGGGGGAGGGUACAAUUGGAAGAAUAUAUGGAAUGAGGGGACGGACGCAGUGAUGGACAUUCCACUGGCUGGUGCUUGCGAAGUGCUCUACGGAGAAGGGCGGGAUUUCGAGUCGGAAAUUGACUAUAUUGUAACAUGACAUUUGGGCUUUGGCAAAUUACCCAGAGUUGACGAAUUUUGGAAUUAUAUGAGAUACCCCCUUAUGCAGCUUCGCAUAAGUAUACUGCGCCCUUCAAAUGUAUGUUAAAUGGGGGGGGGAAUCAAUGUGAUAGAAAAGCUUCCUCCGUAAAACCCUAAAGCAUAAGUAAGGUCGUCUCGAGGGUUUCAUAAACAUCGGUUCAAAAUGUUGGAG